UGGCAUUUCACGAGAUGGCGUUUUCUAGUUUUGCUAUAACAUUUACGUUUUUGAUGAAUUUACAAGGAACUAGGCUAUCGUUGUUGUCAAGGUUCAGAAAUCCGAAUGAGUACGUCGCCCCGGCUGAGAUGGUGUUCCCAGAAGAUAUGAGUGAUAAAGUAUACAAGGAUUUGGUUGAAGAAGUGCCUGAUCUGCUUUAUGAGCGUAGAAAUAAAGUCCAAUCUCCUGUGCACAGAAUGAAUCAGACUGAAAUGCCGUAUUUAAUUUACUUGAAAACGCAGGACCCUGAUAUAGUAGAGCCGUAUUAUCCACAAGACGACGAUAAACCAGAAGAAGAAUUGCUACGAAGUAUCCCAGAAGUUAUAAGUGAAGCGACAAUAACAGAAAGUACAACUGAAGCUACGAAGACUAUGACUACGAACGCUACUACUGUAAUCACACCGAGGAGACCACCCUGGUAUACAGGUCCUCACAUGGCUACAUGCUACACCUGCGGACUAAAUGCCAGCUUCAUCCCCCGCAGCGAUAUCUGCCACGAAGCUUUUGAAUCUGACGACUUCAACAUCAGGUCUAUGGCCAGAUACUUCAGAACUAAAUGCUAUAGAAACGAUGAGUAUUGGGCGCAGAGAAUAGAAGACUUUUGGUUCCGAGGCCGGCACUUUAAAUUCGAUUUAGGCUUAAAGAGGGGGUUGUAUGGGCCCUAUAUGGGAGGAUGUUUCAAACGAUUCAUGGAUGUAGGGACGGUGUAUACCCAAAGAGGUUGUAGGACUUGGUGGCCAGAGUACCGUCAUUUUAAAACAUUUGCGAGUCAUAGAUACACGAGACUUGAGGCUUUGUUAAAGCAUGAGAAGAAUGCUUGUGUGGUGAGUCCGCAUGCGUCCCUAACUCCCUUCAGCAGGGGCAUAUCGUUGUUCGUGAGGUACCACGUGUGCGUGUGUGAAGGCAAAUAUUGCAAUACCGCAGGCAAUAGUUUUCAUGAUAACAUAUUUUUAAUUAUUUUAAUAUACGUAGUUGUCUAGAUCUCUCUUUUACGUAUUGCACAUCUUUCAUAAACCCACAUACCCCAUGGUGCGCGUUGAUACCAUAGACGGUAUGACGUCACUAACCAAACUGCACUCAUUAGGCGUUGUAGGCCUAUAAAAAGUUUUAAGUCAGCAAAAUAAUUAUUAUUCUGUGCGUGAUGGUAAGUCUAAUACAACUUGAACUAAAUGUACCACUGACCAUACCUGGUUACCGUUAAGUCAAAUUAUAAAGGCAAAAUACACAAGUGUAAAGCAGAGUCGAUAUUUUUUGCGCAAUAACUAUGGUUAAUUACGUUAAAAAAAUCUAACUGCGUUAAAAAAAUUAUAUCUUGUCUAUUUAAUUACUAACAAAAAAAAUCUACUUCACAGUCAAUUUACCUAAAGAAAUAAAGCAUGAUACAAUCAAAACCUUAAAACGCCAGUAGCCAGUCCUGAAGACUCAAUUAAAACAACAAUCAUUUAAAUGGUGACCGCUUUUUGCCGUGUUUUUUCUACCAUGACAUCAGCACCAAGAGUAUGCAUAUUCACAACACAGCAAAAAACCUGAUGGGUGAUAGCGGCAGAACCGAGUGGCAAAAAAAUCGAAUCACAUUAUAAGUACGCGGCAGGAAUCGAAACAGUAUGCGUGAGUGUUUUAAGUGAUUAGUGUUUUGAUUGUAACCAAGUUCCAGAAAUGGACGAGGUUUAUGAUUGAAUAUGAUAGUUGUUGAUGGUCGUCAAUACCUCGCUAGUCAGUAGAAUACAUCAUGAUUUGGUAAGAUUAGCUUGCUUGUGGAAAGAAUAGGAGUGAUAGAUGUUGAUUCGUCCAUGGGAAUUGAGAGUAAAAAUCUAGCUCCCAUACUCGUUGAGACUUUUUCAAAUCUAAGAAUAAUAUUUGGAUUGCGGCGUGAUGACCUAGUUAGAAUUACAUAUCUGCUUAGCAACUCCUGAGAUCUACAUGGGCUGCACAAGCCACUGCGGAGUUGAUAUUUUGCAUUGACACUCUGACUAAACGUCUUUGAUAAAAUAAGUGCAUCGAAAGAUCAAGAAUUCUGAACUAACAAUACCCAUACUAUUGAGGCUAGUUAAGGUGUAAAGAUUUUAACUUUUCACUGCGAAAAUUGUCUGAAAACUAUUAUGAUAUCAUUGAUGAAGAGUAUGCUUUUCAAUAUUGAAUCGUUAUUGUGCACAGAGUAAUCUAAAUAUAAUCAGAAAUGUCACCAACUUUCUCAUCCAGAUACAAUGAUCUAUUUGACAUUGUAUGACAAUCCAUAAAAUGACUUACAUAAGCCCGUAAACAAAGUAACUAUUAUUAGUAGUGUACAAACACACAGUAUCACGUUACCCAACAGCCUUGGACGGCAUGAGUCAUGCAAGCCAACAGACCACUCGUCGCCUGCACGACUUUGUUGCUACGCUUAUCGUUUGAAAUAUGAUAACCGAUAUCUCUGUUGGUUUUGCAUUUUCAUUUCAUAUUAUCUUGUCUGCAGUUUACAUUUCAAUGCAAACUUCUUGCCGUAGACAUCCUUGAGACUUCUCACAUUUUAAGUGUUUGGUCUCUUGUUAUGGUAACUUAGGUAUCAUCUUCUGUAUUUCUUCCUUCAAUCAGUGCUUAAGCGCUGUUAUGUUGGUUAGAAGGAUAUGGUAGUCAAGAAAUGACUUGGUAUCACGCUAUUUAUUUUCCAUAACUCAAAAUUCUCCUGGCUACUAAAUUAUUUAUAGGUUCUCGUGUUUUUAUGUAUGUUACGUCGCCAAUUUAUAAUAUACAAUAGAAACAUACUAACAAUCUGCUAAGUUACUCGUGUAAGUGUAUACAUAUGCCUAUAUUUUACUAUUUAAACCAUUUAAACCAUUUAUUUCUCUACACACACAUAAAUACAACAA